UUGAGACUUUGUUCUGAUUCGAACCUUUCGAGGUUUCUCCCUGUUUGUUUGUCUUUGCUCUUUUUCAGUUCAGCAUUCCGUCUUGAUUUUAAUUGAUCAGACAGUUCUUAAUGGGGUCAUUUCUGAGUUCGGCUGGUAACAGGGCUAGCGAGUAUGGUGAGGUUUUACAAAAUGAAAACUGCAAGAGGCCAAGGUUGUUAUCAGGCUUUAACGAUGAGAAUCCGAGACUAAUCCCUAGUCUACCGGAUGAGAUAUCAAUGCAGAUUCUAGCUAGAGUUCCCAGGAUUUGUUACUUGAGUAUGAAGAAGGUGUCACAGAGCUGGAAUUUUGCCAUUACACGUCCUGAACUUUUCGAUUUGCGAAAAGAACUUGGCACGACAGAAGAAUGGCUUUAUAUAUUGACCAAGGUUGAUGAUGAUAAGCUUUUAUGGUAUGCAUUGGACCCUUUGUCCAGAAAAUGGCAACGGUUGCCACCAAUGCCCAAUGUUGCUUAUGAAGAAGAGCCUAAGAAGGGUUUAUCUGCUCUUCGGAUGUGGAAUGUGAUUGGGUCAAGUAUCAAGAUUGCAGAUAUCAUCAGGGGCUGGCUUGGACGGAAGGAUGGCUUGGAUCGAAUGCCCUUUUGUGGUUGUGCUAUUGGGGCUGUUGAUGGCUGCCUCUAUGUGUUAGGUGGAUUCUCUCGAUCUUCGGCCAUGAAGUGUGUCUGGCGAUUUGAUCCAGUUCUAAAUGUGUGGAGUGAAGUGAGCUCUAUGUCCAUUGCUAGGGCAUAUUGUAAGACAAGCAUCUUGAACAACAAGCUUUAUGUUGUUGGAGGGGUUAGUAGGGGUCGUGGUGGUGCACUGACUCCUCUUCAAUCUGCUGAAGUAUUUAACCCACAUACUGGAGUGUGGUCUCAAGUACCAAGCAUGCCAUUCUCAAGAGCUCAGGUUUUACCUACUGCCUUUUUGGCUGACAUGCUGAAGCCAAUUGCCACUGGAAUGACUUCAUACCGGGGAAGGUUAUGUGUGCCACAGAGUCUGUAUUCCUGGCCCUUUUUUGUUGAUGUUGGAGGAGAAAUUUAUGAUCCUGAAAUAGAUUCAUGGGUUGAAAUGCCAAAUGGAAUGGGAGAGGGUUGGCCUGCAAGGCAAGCAGGAACUAAGUUGAGUGUUGUAGUAGAUGGGGAGCUAUAUGCACUGGAUCCCUCUAGUUCUCUAGAUAGUGGUAAGAUCAAAAUGUAUGAUCACCAAGAGGAUGCAUGGAAAGUAGUUGUAGGAAAGGUUCCUAUUCGGGAUUUCACUGAUUCAGAGUCUCCAUAUUUACUUGCUGGUUUUCUAGGGAGGCUUCAUGUCAUAACGAAAGAUGCCAACCAUGAAAUUUCUGUCUUGCAGGCUAACAUCUGUAAGCAAUUAAGUUCCUCUCCAUCAACUUCAUCUUCUCCAGGAAGGACCAUGGGAGCAAGUUUCUCUGCCUGUGGUUUGUCCAUGCCUUCUGAUGUGCUCCCUGUAACUCCCACAGACUUUUCAUAUCAACAGUGUGACUCUAUGGCAGUAGUAGAAACUGAAGCUUGGAAGGUUAUUGCCACUCAGAAUUUUGGGUCAGCUGAGCUGGUUUGCUGUCAAGUACUUGAUGUCUGAAGACAUUAAUCAGCUGACACUAGAAUAUGAUUGUAUAGGGGUAAAGGUCACAAUUGGUUUUCGACCACCGUUUCUGUCCAGAUGUUUAAUUUAUUUGGCAUUAUGAAAUCAUAGUGGUAAUGGUGCUGUCAUUAUAUUGCUGCAAGGAGGGUGGUCAGUGAUCUUAAUGGACUCCUGCUGAUACAACUAGUUGGACUGCCGGAGUUUAGGAAUAAUUGUUUGAGAAGUUUCAUUAGCAAAUUCUGAUAUGACUUUUUAUUUGAUGCAUAUGAAAAAAGUUGCAACGCAUUUGUAUCUUUCUGCAUGAAUUGAUUCGUAAGAUGUUGAAGCAAGUAUGGUGUAUGAAACAUCUCCUGGAGACUUAAUCUUCUCCUUGAUUGGCGUUGGCAAUUCUAGUGAUGUAUCUUCUCCUUUCUUGUAUCUAUGUUAUAUAAAAUACUUGCAAGAUAUUUGAAAACUAGGUUUGUAAAGAGGGAGAACUGUCUUAUUUAGUGCUGCACAACUGUGCUUCUACUCUUUGUUAGUACAAUUAUCUU